GAAUGUAUUCAAAUUUUGUGAGAUGAAAGCCGGUAUGGUAUUGAAAAAAUCUACAGAUGCGGUGAAUUUGCUAUUUGAAGAGUACAAGAGAUCAGUAUCAGCAUUGGUACCUGAUCACCUGACAGUUUUGCAUAAGAGUCAAACAAAAAAGGGAAGUGUUACUGCUGAAGAAAUAAAACUGCAGCAAAGAUGGAAACCAAAAAGUCUUCAAUCGAAUACUGAGGAAUCAGAGAGCAAACAAAUGUUGAUGAGCACUGGAAUGGGAGAGAAAAAAGAGAGGCUUAAGAAAACAGCCGAAGGUAAAUUGAUUCAGCUUAGGAAAGAAGUUGCUGUAUCCAUGGUGCCAAUUGUACAGGAGGCCUACAUGGAGGCUAGUUGGGAUCCAGAGUGUCUUGAGGAGCUCAAGACUUUCAUAUUAAAAUGUCUAUACCUCGGAUGGAUGAUGGUUGUCCAAUCACCACCAAUGGUCCUAGCUACUUGUGAAGCAGAGGAAAAGUUUGAUAAAAAUAAGUUUAAAGAGUACACAAAGAGUGGAGAUGUCGUCGACUUUUUAGUUUGGCCAGCUUUGUUGUUAGAAAAAGAUGGUUCUGUAGUCGUCAAGGGCGUUGCAGAGGCAAAAAGAAAAUGAAUCAUACACAGUUAUUUACCCUUUUAUUUACGUACUAGUAUAUCAUCUGCUCGAAAUAGUCUAGAUUAUCACAAGUAUGUACCAAGAUGAGUGUUGGAUAUCACUGUAACGGCAUACUUUUUAUAUUAUUUGUACACAAUACCUCUGAUGUGGUAUCUACAUAAUGACUUAAAUUACUGUAUAAAACGCAAAUGUAAUAUACACCGAAGUGCAAAAGAAAUGGAACACUUGAAUGUUUGUAUCUCACCAAUGAACAACUAAAUUUAUUUUAAAAGAUAAUACUGCAGCCCUCUUGAAAUAAUUAUACGAAUCUGAAAGACAAACAAUAAUUCCCCUCUCUUACUGUAUGAGAUAUAUAAUAACGAUUUCAAAACGAUAUCAAGGAUUAAUAUACUAUGUCAAGGAUUGUUAUGUUCAUCAUUGACUACAGCCAUCAAAUAUGUGUCUGUUUUGUGUGUUUGUUUUUUUUUUACUUUAUAAUUGUAACGUACAAACAGUUAUUUUGUUGCAUAAUAAACGCAGUUUCGGCCGGUGUUAGAAUAUUGAAAAUAAAUUUCUUGAAUA